GAAAAUCGUAGGAAGGUACGUCAUCACGUUUUAAAAUGAGAAUGCGCCGUUUCUUUUUUAAAGUAAGCGCGAGAACUUUUAAAUUCAAACUAACUUGCCGAAGAAAAGCCCUCUACUAUGGCCCAUUUAUCUUCGCUCCCCGAGCUUCAGCAAGGAAGCAUCGACGACGUGUUGCAGGUGAACAAGGAUUUGGAGAGCACCAUAGAAGCCGUUGAACAUACUUCGGUGCAGUUGACCUGGAUGGGUUAUGACAUGGUGGCACUGCGGACCAGUCCCGAGCUGGGGACCUCUAUGCAGAAACUGGAAGAAGCCUAUAAUAGAUGCAGAGUUGUUAUCUGUGGAGACCGAGAACAGCCGGAGUCAGAUAUGGGCAUAUGACCUGAGGCUACCACCACUGUAGCUACUCCGAUAUUAUUUUAGUUCAUAAGAGUGUACUGAGCUUAAGUGGAAAGCUUGUAAAUGUCGUUUUUAAACUUUGCUAUUUAGAAGCAGGUAUUUGGACUGAUGUGUAUGUACAGACUUCAGCUCUUUGUUAUGUUUAUGUUUAUCUUAGCAUUUCCUGCACAUGUUGCUUGUAGUUCAUAACGUGUUCUGAUCUGUUUAGCCUGUUAAAUUGAACAA